UGCCCCCUGCUUCCCUUCCCCCUGCUCUCCCUCUUCCCUUCCCCCUCCUCCCUGCUCCUCCUCCCCCUUUCGUCUCUGGCCCCCUCCCCUUCGCCUCCUCCCGGCCCUCCCUCCCCCCUCCUGGCAGGCUGUGGUUUUCCGAGCCCGUUCCUGGAGUCGGAGCCCGAGCUAAACAAAAGCAGGAGCCGCCGGAGUUGGCGGCGCGGGCAACAGGAACGCGGCGGCCCGCAGCCUGGGCAGAGCGGCCGGGGAGGGCGGAGCAGGAGGGUGGCCGGCGGGCGGGCGGGGGCAAAGUUUGCGGGAGCCUCCCCGCGCCCAGCCGCUGCCCAGCCCGCCGCCCAGCAACCCGAAGCCGGACUUGGUGGGCGGGGGGGGGGAAUCACAGAAAAAGCCAAAGAGAAGCGAGCAACCCUCCCAGGCGGCUCUUCCUGCGGGCGCCCAGCUGGGGGGGCAGGGUGCAUUGGUCCCCCCCCCCCCCCGUGCAUUUCGGCGCCCCGCGGCGCGGGCCCGGUGACCGGCGCCCCCCUUCCCCUGCCGGCGGCAUGGACGAGCAGCCGCGGCUGCUGCACGCGCACGCGGGCGUGGGCAUGGCGGGCCACCCCGGCCUGUCCCAGCACCUGCCCGACGGCCCCGCGGGAGCCGAGGGCGACGGCGCCAGGAAGCAGGACAUCGGCGACAUCCUGCAGCAGAUCAUGACCAUCACCGACCAGAGUCUGGACGAGGCGCAGGCCAGGAAACACGCUUUAAACUGCCACCGCAUGAAGCCGGCCUUGUUCAACGUGUUGUGUGAGAUCAAGGAAAAGACAGUUCUCAGCAUCCGGGGUGCCCAGGAGGAGGAGCCCACAGACCCCCAGCUGAUGCGGCUGGACAACAUGCUGCUGGCUGAGGGUGUUGCAGGCCCAGAGAAAGGCGGCGGCUCGGCGGCGGCAGCGGCAGCAGCAGCAGCAUCAGGUGGUGCUGGCUCAGACAACUCGGUGGAACACUCAGACUACAGGGCGAAGCUCUCCCAGAUCCGGCAGAUAUACCACACAGAGCUGGAGAAGUAUGAGCAGGCCUGCAACGAGUUCACCACCCACGUGAUGAACCUGCUGCGGGAGCAGAGCCGCACACGGCCAAUCUCCCCCAAGGAGAUCGAGCGCAUGGUGAGCAUCAUCCACCGCAAGUUCAGCUCUAUCCAGAUGCAGCUCAAGCAGAGCACCUGUGAGGCCGUCAUGAUCCUGCGAUCCCGCUUCCUGGAUGCACGGCGGAAGAGACGAAAUUUCAACAAGCAGGCAACAGAGAUCCUGAAUGAAUAUUUCUAUUCCCACCUCAGCAACCCUUACCCCAGUGAGGAAGCCAAAGAGGAGUUAGCCAAGAAGUGCGGCAUCACUGUGUCACAGGUAUCAAACUGGUUUGGAAAUAAGCGAAUCCGGUACAAGAAGAACAUAGGUAAAUUUCAAGAGGAAGCCAAUAUUUAUGCUGCCAAGACAGCUGUCACUGCCACCAAUGUCUCAGCCCAUGGAAGCCAAGCUAACUCACCCUCAACUCCCAACUCAGCUGGUUCUUCCAGUUCUUUUAACAUGUCAAACUCUGGAGAUCUGUUCAUGAGCGUGCAGUCUCUCAAUGGGGAUUCUUACCAAGGGGCCCAGGUUGGAGCCAACGUGCAAUCGCAGGUGGAUACCCUUCGCCAUGUUAUCAGCCAGACAGGCGGCUACAGUGACGGACUCACAGCCAGCCAGAUGUACAGUCCACAGGGCAUCAGUGCUAAUGGAGGUUGGCAGGAUGCCACCACCCCCUCCUCCGUGACCUCCCCCACAGAAGGCCCGGGCAGUGUCCACUCCGAUACCUCCAAUUGAUCUCCCAGCACCACGUCCCAGCUGACACCCCUGCACGCCUCCCAGCUGGGCCCGGCCAAGAGGGUGGGGCCUGGCCUGCAGGUGGAAGCAGUCAGCAGACACCCUACAUUAUGCCCUCUUCCCCUGGCCUGCGGGACGCUGUCUCAGCCUGCCUGGACACUUCUUUAUACUCUCCUCCUUCUUCUUUUCUGGGUAGAAGUCCCCAUCCCCCUCUGACUGUCCCUCCCUCCAUCCUAGGCCCCGAGUUCCCACCCACCUGCUGUCACUCCCUUGGAUGGAUCUUUCCAGCCACGCAAGGCAUUUUGAAGAGAGAAGAAAAAAAUCAUGCAAAGGAAGUGAGGAUGGAAACAUUUCUAUGUGUGUCCCCACCCCCCAAUAUACAGCCACCUAACUGAGACCCUGGUCCCUCACCUACAGUCCAGCCUCUCCCACUUAUCUUUUGUGUGACUCUCACUACCUCUAGCAGCACGAAUACGCAAGUUGCCGCCUCUGUCCCAGACCACCAUGCCCAUCCUGCCCUUUCCCUCACACCCCUGUACCCCUGAUAGGAACCCCAGACCUCCCCUUCCUCCAGGGACCCCACCCCCGGCUCAGAAGCUGUCACCUUAUCUUCUGGGCUCAGGACCCUGGAUGGACACGCAGGUGGGAAAGAAGAAACUCCUGGGAGGGUAGGACUGAGUCUUCGGGGGCUUCUUGGACUCUUUCUGAGCAUUGUCCUGAACCUCCCACACAGCAGGACUGAGUCGGAGCUGGGGAGUAGCAUGAGGACCAUUAGAAGGCUCUUGUCCCCAUCCACAUCUACACACAGUGUCACAUGGGCUUUCCUGGCAUCAGCCAGAUACCACAUAGAUGCCCUCUUGAGGACCCAGUUGCAGUAUGCCCUGUGUACCCAGAAAGGGUGAGCAGCUCUGGAGGUAGGAGUCACCCACACAACAGUCCAUGCAUGCCUGGGCCCCAGCACCAUGUAAUUCAGUGGGGAUGUAGACCAGCUUUUCAGGGCCACCACUUCUGUCUCCUCCCACCUCUGAGUGCUAGAAAGUGAGGUGCAAAGUACUGGCAAGGUCUGCAGUGGCUCUGGUGGCCUCUGGGUUCUGUGUUUCUAUCAGGGUCAUUUCAGUCCUUGUCCAUAGUUCACUGUUGCACUGUGUUCUCAAACCCUGGCCUCUUGUUCCAGAGGAGAGAACCAUGUACAAACAUGGCUCAGGUGGCAGUUGUGCUAGUUUUGUUAGAGAACCUACUACAUUCAUGGGGACAGGCCAGUGGGACUUGUCAGGGAAGUCACCACAGUCAUCUUAAGCCCUGGGAGCACUCAAGAGUAAGGAGCUGGCACCAGAAACUCAGUCUCUCAUGCCCCCGGAGCUUGCCUUUAGAGCCCAUGGUGCCAGGCGGCAAAAAAGAUGGCAGUGUUCUGGUUCUGUUGGGUGGGAGGUGGGAGUAGGGGUCCACUUGCCUGACUUGCCACAGGGCCUGCAACAGAAUGUCCAUGUGGCAUCAGGGGAAGAUGAGCCAGUCCCCACCACCCGCAGGGACAGCACAUAGGUCUCUUAUUAUAGUGUCUAGUUGCCAUUGGCUCCUGAUACUAUCUCCCACUGGGUGAGAGGAGGAGCUGCUGAGGUUGCUAGUAUCUUGUUUUGGUCUGUUUGAAAGAUAUUAGCCUCGGAAGAAAGAUAUUAGCCUCUAAACUAGAAGAGGAUCAGGCUGUCCUCUGGACUCAAGUCCAGUAUGUGGCCUUGUCAGAGCUUGUGCCCCUCGGAUAUCUGCUCGGCUCAAGAGGUUGCUGGGAGGCAUGAAGCAGGGCUACUUGUAAGGCUUUGGUGGUUCUAUCCUGUUUUGCUGUGUGGCCCUGGGAUGCUAUUGUCUGUGUUGGUGGAGGGAGUGUUACUUAGAAACAGGGACGGGUGACAUGAAUUAGCAGUGGAGGCAGAGAAGCAAAUGCAAGGAAGGACAAAAAUAGCCCUAGGGGACCAACAUCCCUGUAAAGACUAUACAGGCUCCUGAGGAAUAUCCCUGGAAACAGCCAUCUGUGACAACUUAUAGUGGCAGAGCUGGUGAUAAGUAUCCCCAGAGUAAUGGUGGAGGGUUGGCGAGGCACACUGAUUUUCCCCACAUGGGGCUACAGUGGAGCCACGUCUGCCUGGUGUUAGGCAGACAGGAAAAUGUCAGCAAGGGGCUCUCUUAGGAGUGGGAUGGGCCACUCCAGAUUGGGCCACUUGAGAUGGAUGAAAAAGGUCCCAGCUGUAUCACCUUCACCCAGGUAGCUUCUACUUCCCCACCCACCGCUCCACUCUGCCCUCUUACCAAGGCCUUCCUCACUAUUCCCCUUCCAUGCCUUAGAUCUAAGAUGGCACUCAAGAUGGUGUUGCCCCGUGCUCCAUUAUGUGAAGCAUAGUAUAGAGACACAAGCCACAGAGAGAUAGAAAGACAGUUCCCCCGAACAUGUAGCUACCUUGAAAUUCAUGCUAACUCAGAUGCCAGAGUGUGCCACAGGGUUCCUCUACCUUUACAUUGACAUGGGAAGGAUUUAAUCUUCCCCAAGAAAGAACACUAGAUCUUGGGUUUUCCAUCUUCUAACUCUUUAUCCUCUCCUUUUCUUCACCCCAAUAACACUUCUCCCGGCAUGGAAUGGACUCCUGUGCAGAAAAAUUUCCAAGUUAUAUCUUCCUUCUGUUCAUUUUGCUUAUUUGUUUUGUUUGUUUUUUAAUUUCAAUUUGGUGGUGGGUCUUUAUUUCUGGUUGCCUUCUCUCACACAUAUCUCCCCCCUUCCACAUUUUAUUUUUCUGCCCAGAAAAAAAAAAAAAAAAACCUGACUUCGAUACCAAAAAAAGAUGAAACUGCAGAAACUCAAAUUUAAAAAAAACUAAAAAAAAAUACUCGAUUCUUUCAGCUUUAUUAACAUUUUCCAUUGUUUCCUGCGACUUGUGUCUCGUUCUUUGUAGUAUUGAUGACGAACAUUUGAUAAUGAAUGUUCUUGUAUAUUCAGAUAAAGAAGAAAAACCAAAAAGGCGGUCUGAAUUUAAUAGUGUUUAUAAUAAAAAUUUUAAAAAUUGCCCUCAUAGCACGUAAAAAAAAAGGAUGGGGCAUGUCCCCUCUUCCUUCUGUGACAAUGCGCAUUGUUCCUGCAUUAGUUUUGACACCAAACUACCUACAUUCAUCAUUUUCCUUUCCUUUUUCUUUUAUUUUCUUGCAUUUGUGAAUUAGUUCAAGAAUGCUAGAAAAGUGUCGAGUUGUGCAUACCCAUUUCCUGUUUCACAAUGUUUAAAAGUGACAGUAAUUCAUUUUGUAAACUAAAAAAAAAAAGUUGGAAUAGUAAGCAUAAUAGGUACAAUCUAACACAUUAUUAUGAUUAACUUGGAGACCCAGAAAAUAAAUUCUUCCCUUUACUCCUGCUUUUUAACAUAUUAAAAAAAAACGUUUUGUCUUAUAUUAUUAUUUUUUUGUUUACUGGGUUUUACUUUUUGUCAGGAUUAUGAUCUUGUGUUUAUUCCUUGAAGGUGUAGUUGAGGUGAUGUGAAGAGAUACCUCCUUCCUUCCUUUUCUCCUUUUCUUCAGAAUUCAUUUGGUAUCCAAGAUAAAAUUGAAGCUUAUGCUUCUGUCACAUGACCCACCUGAACUUCCUAAGCAUUCAGUCCUUUGAAAAUUCAAGGAAUUGGUCCAAACAAUCUUUUAUUAUAUCUCACAGUAAAAAGCUUCUGCCCUGUUGAUUAACUGUCACAAGGAUGUGCUUUCUUUUCUUCCUCCUGAUUAAUAACAUCACAUCCCAUGAGACUCUUUUCAACUAAAGGAAAGAAUCCCACAGGGAAGAAUGGUGAGUGGCUACCAUAUUAACUGAGGAGAGGAGGUUUCCAGGAAACCAGAAGGGUCCACCAAUCCUUUGGAUCCUGACUUUGAAGACACAGUGAGAGAUCAAGGCAGACUCAGUAUCACUGUUUUAAUGUUAAAGGACUGAUGUGGACAAUACACCUCUUAUGAGCCUAGGUAGUUACUUCAAGAAAAUUCUAACACUGGCUUGACUGGGAGAUUUUUAUUAUUAAUCAUGGGGAAAAAAAGAAAAUGCAGUUUUCUGGAAGACACUUGCUGUAAACAGUGUUUCCUUCAACAGAUUGUUUUUUCAGAAAACAUCCAGAAAAUUUAAAAAAAAAAAAAAACAGAAG